GCGGUUUAGACACAGUUUGGAAACUAAACUCGUCUUUAAUUAACUCCAAGUCAAAAUUCAAUUAUUUCUUUACCGAAAAUCGGUUCCGGUUUAAGUUGGCAGCAUGGGCUUCUAGAGUUUCACACCAUAACCUCAAUUUUUGUGUUUGGUGGCAACUUGAUGUUUAAUUUGUGACUAUAAUACGUAGCAAUGGCACACACGAUCUUACUAGUGCAGCCGGGGGCCAACCCCGAAACUCGGACUUACUCUGACUACGAAUCAGUCAAUGAGUGUAUGGAGGGUGUUUGUAAAAUCUACGAAGAACACUUGAAACGAAGGAACCCAAAUACUCCCACAAUCACAUACGAUAUAUCACAAUUGUUUGAUUUUGUCGACCAAUUGUCUGAUUUAAGUUGUCUUGUGUAUCAGAAAUCGACCAAUACGUACGCCCCGUAUAACAAGGACUGGAUAAAGGAGAAAAUAUACAUACUGCUGCGGCAGGCAGCGGGCCACACUGAUUGAGAAAAUAACAGCGUUAGGGUUUAGUUUAAGUUUACUUAACAAUUUUUAACAUAUAAACUUUCUAUUGUAUCAAAAUAGAAUAAUUGGGACACAACCAAUGACAACGGUUUGGUGUCAUGUACAUGUUUAAGUUUAGUUCAAAAUAAAUAAACAUUAUUGCUUUCAACUAA